AUGGCAAAUCUUUCUCAGAUCUCGGGCCUUUCCAGACGCAUACCGCUUCGCCAAUUGGGUCGUUAUGGCUCAGUGAGAUGCGUGCAAACCGCAUCUCAACCCAACUUGUCGUAUCCGCUCUACCCAUCCGUUGCCCAAUUGCUGAAACAAAACAAUAUCCCAUCCGAAGACAUAUCUAAGAUCACAGCAACCGGGCCAAAUGGCAGAAUACUGAAGGGAGAUGUGCUCUCCUACCUUGGUUCAAUCGCUGCCAGCUACCCUGCCGACUUGGCGUCACAGCUUGCAAAAAACUCGCGUCUAGAUUUAAGCAAUAUCAAAAUCUCCACGCCCAAAGCUCCAUCUCCAGCUACUCCUGCGGCCCAGGAACAACAACAGGCAAAGGAGGAGGUUAAACUGGCGCAAAAGGAGGUUGAAUCUAUUUUUGAGACAAAGGUUGCUGUUCCGGUGUCCUUCUCUAAGAUUCUCUCUGUUCGACGGCGGAUCCGCUCCUCCGUCGGUGUUGAGAUCCCACUUGCCACCUUCGUUUCCCGCGCGGCCGAUAUUGCAAAUGAAAACCUACCCGUCAAGCCAAGCCAGAAGCAGCGCUCGUCAGCUCUUUUCGACGAAAUUCUAGGCCAGAGAUCCUCUGCCUCUACACAUGUGGCAUUGUCCCGGGGCGAUUACCUUCCGGAAAUUGCCUCUCCUGCCGAAUUCUACGCCGGUUCGGAGGAGGGUCAGCAAAUGGCACAGAGACAGUCUACAGGUGAUAUAAUAGAUGUAUUGACUGGUCGAUCGUCACCUAGCAAGAGAUCUGUGAGCAGGGUGGAAGGGUGGGAAGGGGAUAAGGAAACGAGCAUAUUCAGCUUGACGAUCCCGGAGCAGGAGGAGGCUCGUGCUAUGGCAUUUUUGGAGAAAAUGCAAGUACUCCUGGAAGAAGAGCCGGCUCAGUUAUUGGCUCUUUAG